CGCUUUUUAGCAGCCGCCCUUCCUGCGGGCCACGCUCAGGUUACUUGGCGAAGGGCGCGCGCCCACCUCCAGCCGGGUUUUGUCUCUCUCUCUCUCGUGCCUCCUUCCUCGCGGCGCUUGGAUUGGGCCGCCCUCGCCUUGACACCGCUCUCUCUCUCCUCUUCCUCCUCCUCCUCCUCUCAUCGGAGUGGCCAAGGGGCUGGAGGACGGCUUUCAACAGAUGGUUGGGGUUAGUGCAUGUCCUCAGCAUCGCCUUGGAGUCGGAAUUAGGGCAGCCCCAGCGGCGCGGUGCUCUCUGCCUCCCAAAUCCAGCGGAAAAGCUGGUCACAUACCGCAGAAUACAUGUUUGACAUUUCCUUUAUUUCAAACUUCAGUCAAGAUUCAGAUAUGGAAGAUGGAAAAGGACAUUGAUGCCAGGGGAUAUUUAUUUGAAGGUCCUUUUACAGAGUUUGAAAAUUAAGGAACAGAAGCAUUUGCACAAGGGCUUUAUUGCAGCAGUGAACAGAUAACAAUGAAUCAUUAUUAUAUUGCAUUUGUGUGGACUGUGCUUGGCACUGAACUGCUAAAGAGCCUCAGCACUACUGUCAAAGCUCCGCGGUUCAGAGGACGUGUGCAGCAAGAGCGAAAAAAUAUUAGACCAAACAUUAUCCUGGUACUCACAGAUGACCAAGAUGUGGAGCUGGGUUCCUUACAAGUGAUGAAUAAAACCAGGAAGAUAAUGGAGAGUGGAGGUGCCACUUUUGUCAAUGCCUUUGUAACUACUCCAAUGUGCUGCCCAUCACGUUCCUCAAUGCUGACAGGCAAAUAUGUGCACAACCACAAUAUCUACACUAACAAUGAGAAUUGCUCUUCACCUUCCUGGCAAGCAACACAUGAACCACGUACUUUUGCAGUGUAUCUCAACAACACUGGGUACAGGACUGCUUUUUUUGGAAAAUACCUCAAUGAAUACAAUGGCAGCUACAUCCCUCCUGGUUGGAGAGAAUGGGUGGGAUUAAUCAAGAAUUCUCGUUUCUAUAAUUACACUGUGUGUCGGAAUGGUCUCAAAGAGAAGCAUGGAUUUGAUUAUGCAAAGGACUAUUUCACAGACUUAAUAACGAAUGAUAGCAUAAAUUAUUUCAAAAUGUCUAAGAGGAUAUAUCCCCAUAGACCUAUAAUGAUGGUGAUCAGUCAUGCUGCCCCACAUGGUCCUGAAGACUCUGCACCGCAGUUCUCUAAACUCUAUCCAAAUGCUUCUCAGCACAUAACUCCCAGUUACAACUAUGCACCAAAUAUGGAUAAACAUUGGAUCAUGCAAUAUACAGGCCCUAUGCUUCCUAUCCACAUGGAAUUUACAAAUGUUCUUCAACGCAAAAGGCUCCAAACUCUUCUAUCUGUUGAUGAUUCCAUGGAAAAGUUAUAUCACAUGCUAGUGGAAACUGGAGAACUGGAGAAUACUUACAUUAUUUAUACUGCCGACCACGGUUACCAUAUUGGGCAGUUUGGACUGGUCAAGGGGAAGUCAAUGCCAUAUGACUUUGAUAUUCGUGUUCCAUUCUUUAUUCGUGGUCCAAGUAUAGAGCCGGGAUCAGUAGUAUCUCAAAUAGUGCUGAAUAUUGACCUUGCUCCAACAGUUCUGGAUAUUGCAGGACUUGACACACCUCCAGAUAUGGAUGGCAAAUCCGUUCUCAAACUCCUAGACCUUGAAAAACCAGGAAACAGGUUUCGAACAAACAAGAAAACCAAAGUUUGGCGAGAUACCUUCCUUGUGGAAAGAGGCAAAUUUCUGCGUAAGAAGGAAGAGCCGAGCAAAAGUUCCCAGCAGUCAAAUCACUUACCAAAAUACGAAAGAGUAAAGGAGCUGUGUCAGCAAGCAAGGUACCAGACAGCUUGUGAGCAGCCUGGCCAGAAAUGGCAAUGUAUUGAGGACACAUCUGGCAAACUUCGCAUUCACAAAUGUAAAGGCUCUAGUGACAUUCUUGCUAUAAGAAAAAGAACACGAAGCAUACAUUCCCUGGGAUAUAACAACCAAGAAAAUGAAUGUGAUUGCAGAGAAGCUGAUUACCGGAGCAGUCGGACCCAAAGAAAAAAUCAAAGAGCCUUUAUGCGAAACCCCAGCAUGCCAAAAUACAAACCACGAUUUGUUCAUACACGACAGACUCGUUCCUUGUCUGUGGAAUUUGAAGGAGAAAUAUAUGACAUAAACCUGGAAGAAGAAUUGCACAUCCCUCAGCCAAAGAGUAUUGUGAAGCGGCAUGGGAGUUACAGUGAGGAGGAGGAGGACAACGAAGACCAAGAAGAGCAUCAGCUGCAAGGUUCAGAAGAUGAUGGAGAUGGUGGUCAUGAAGCCAUGCUAGCUGAUGGAAGCAACACAGUUGGCCAGCCAGACUCUGUCAGAGUGACUCAUAAGUGCUUUAUUCUUCCAAAUGAUUCAAUUCACUGUGAGAGGGAACUUUACCAGUCAGCCAGAGCCUGGAAAGACCACAAAGCCUACAUUGACAAAGAGAUUGAGGCUCUACAAGAUAAAAUUAAAAAACUAAGGGAAGUGAGAGGACACUUGAAAAGAAGAAAACCCGAUGAAUGUGACUGUAGCAAAGUGAGCUAUUACAGCAAAGAAAAGGGAGUUAAAGGUCAAGAAAAAUUGAAAGCAAGUCAUCUUCAUCCAUUCAAGGAAGCUGCACAAGAGGUAGAUGGGAAGCUUCAGCUAUUCAAAGAGAACCGUCGGAGAAAGAAAGAAAGGAAAGGAAAGAAACGCCAGAAGAAAGGAGAUGAAUGCAGCCUUCCUGGACUCACUUGCUUUACCCAUGAUAACAACCACUGGCAGACAGCACCAUUCUGGAACUUGGGAUCAUUUUGUGCUUGUACAAGCUCAAACAACAACACUUACUGGUGUUUGAGAACAGUAAAUGAAACACACAACUUUCUCUUCUGUGAGUUUGCUACGGGAUUUCUGGAGUAUUUUGACAUGAACACUGACCCUUACCAGUUGACAAAUACAGUACACACAGUAGAAAGAGGCACUUUGAAUCAACUACACAUACAGCUAAUGGAGCUACGAAGUUGUCAAGGCUAUAAGCAGUGCAAUCCAAAACCUAAGGGGCUUGACACAGAGGACAGUUAUGGCACGGAUGGGAAGGCUAAACUGCCAAAUUUCACAGAAAAUGUCAACUGGCAAGGGCUGGAAGAUUUGUACAGUGUGAAUGAAAGUUUGUAUGAAGCCAGAAAUGACUACAGACUUACUCCUGAUGACUGGACAAAUUACUUGAAGGAUGUAGAUAGAAUCUUUGCACUGCUGAACAGUUUUUCUGAGCAAAAUGAAAGCGCAAAGACUCCGACUGCUCAUCCUAGUUGGUACUUGGAUGAAUCCUCCACACCAUUUGCCUUGCUGGAAAUGAGCUCUGCUGAAUCAGAUGAAGGUUCAAGUUGGUUGGUAACCCAAGCGGCACAGGUGAUCAUGCCAACAGAUUUUGGGGCCCUGGCUUUGAGCACAGUUAUGUCAAGGCAGGAGAGCCAACUUGAAUCAAGUAAUGAUAUUCCUGCAGGAAAGAGUCCUAAUCCACCACACUGGAGUAGACACCAAUCUAAAUUAUGGCUGGGGACUGAAGAACCAGUUGAUUUUGAAAUGGAUUUCAGUGGGAAUGAUUUGACAGAGCUGGAGUCCAGACAUAGCUUCAUUUUACAAACAGUUAGCAUUCUUCAGAAAGGUUCUGUCCCAGACAAGGAAUCUGUGGAUGACAUUUUUGAAGAACAGACUUACCUUCCCAUGAACUCACCUGCCAAAGUAAUCCAUCGGGCUUUAAACACUGUCAUUGUGGAGCCUAAAAUGGAGAGGGUGCUAAGAAAAAGGGAAUCUUCACAGGUGCUUAAUGUAGAAGAAACUGUUUUGACACCCCUCCCCUCAAAUUAGGUUGUGUAGAGAUACAUGUUUCCUUGCUAAUUAAUUAUUUAACAAACAGAAAUAGCCCUGAGCACAGAUAUUCUGAUUUUUAAAAAUGAUUACACCCUUUUAAGCAGAAUGAAAUGUAUAAUGUAUGUUCUACAUGCACAUGCAUAAGUUCUAACAUUCAUAUAUCUAGAAGAGCAAGAAUGCCAAUGCUCAAAAGAAAUGGCUAUGUCAGACUAUAUGAUACCAUGCAGUGCGGAAUUAUGAAGUCACAUUACAAAUAUUAUAAAGCUGCCUUCAAAUGUGGCCUGAGCCAUUUCUCUAUUGCAAUAAUGACUUGUCGUAAGUAAAUGUUUCUAUCCCCCUAAGUUUUUUAUUAAAUAAUUUUAAUUAACAACUUUAACCACUGAAAUUUGAUACUGUCGGCAUAAAAUUAUAUUGCACUUUUUAAUAAUUGUGUUCCAUACCCCUUAUUCAUCUGAUAGUCUUACAAGUUCUUGGUUUUGCUAAUGGUGUGUAAUUUGCAAAACAAUAAAAUAGGUUGGUAGUGAAAAUGGUAUGAGGCAUAGAUUGUGAAAACUAAUUAUCGGAACAUUGAGCAGAAAGUAAUGUUUGAUUUUAAACCUUUAUGCUCAACUUGAUUUAUGGUAAUUUUUCCUCAGAUAGUGCUAAUUAAAGAUUUAAUCAAGAAAGGGCAAAAUAACUUUCAGUUUCAGGGUUUUUCAAUGUCAGGAGCAACUUGGUAAACUGCAAGUUGCUUCUGGUGUGAGAGAAUUGGCUGUCCGCAAGGACGUUGCCCAGGGGAUGCCAGGAUGUUUGAUGUUUUACCAUCCUUGUGGAAGGCUUCUCUCAUGUCCCCACAUGUGGAGCUGACAGAGGGAGCUUGAAUUCUCUCUCCCCAGAUUCCUGCUGGCACAAGGGUAUGACCCACUGCGCCACCGAUUGUUCACCAGUUUCAGUGAACAAGAAAUUAAAAAAUAAUUAAGGCUUUCAAUGUUCAGGGUUUUUUUUUUUUUUGGAAAGGUUUCAUUUCUGAUACUUAGGGGGAAACCUUGAUAUUACCAGAAACUACAGGAGGUUAUUUUAGACUUGUGAAAUAUGAACUCAAAUCCAAAGAACAGGUGCCUACAUAAAAACCCGAUAUGCAGUAUUCCACGCUACUAUAUGCACUGAAGCAUGGAAUGUAUUAAUUUAUGAAGGAGAUUGCGUGGUUGAAUUACUUACAUUUUUAUCUACACAAUGCAGUCAUGCAUCUUGCUUCUGUGUCAUACAAAAUGCUGGGUGAUUGCUAUCCAUAUUAAUGUAGGCUUUGAUUAUAGACAAAGAAUCUCCUAGACUCCUAUGGGAUGUAUAUGUAGAAGGAUUUGUCUAAUUACAUCAGGAAAGAAAUGAAACAAUUCCCUUAUUUCCCACAGUGCUUAAGUGAACACUGAAAGGAGAUGGAAUGAAACUGUUGAGAGGGAAAAUACAGUAUAAUUAUCAAAAAUAAAAGUACAAAAGUAUACAAAUGUAAAAUGUUCAUUUUGGUGCAAUGUCCACAAAAGUUAAUUGCUAAGCUUCACCGAGCAUUAGAUAAAAAAAAAAAAGGUAAAGGUUUCCCAUUAACAUUAAGUCUAGUUGUGCCCGGCUCAGGGGUGGUGCUCAUCUCUAUUUCUAAGCCGAAGAGCCGGCAUUGUCCAUAGACGUCUCCUAGGUCAUGUGGCUGGCAUGACUGCAUGGAGCGCCGUUACCAAACAUUACAUUUUUUAAAACCUCAACUUUCAACAAGAAAUCAACAAAAAGAUCUUAACAAUGCUAUUUCUCAGUUAUCUGGUUGAUCUGAAAGUACAUCUCUUUUGUGUGUUAAGAUAAUCUAUUAACACAAUUUGUUUAAAUGGCGGCAUUUAAAGUUAACCUUUAAAAUUUGCAGUUGAGUGACCUAUGGUGUUAGUUGGGACUGAAUGAUUUCCAAGGAAAGCUUGUGAUGGGCUAUGUAAAUUCAUUAAAAUGAACUAGGUGUUUAUCAUGUAUGUGUCAUGAGCCGAAUGACAAAACAAACUUAUUUAUGGGCAUGAAUGAUGCUGUUUGUAUAUAGAUUUUACAUUAUUAGGCUAUAAACUGUGUACAUGUAAAAAUAUUCUGCAAUACUUUUAUAGAACAAUUCUGACUUCAGGAAAGUCUAGAAGCAAUAUUUCAUGAAAUAAAGAGCUCCUGUACGUGUUUCAUAAAA